CGUAGCUGUAAAGGUUGCGUCUUAACGUCUCGGUUCUUUCUGCCUGGUGAAACUCACCAGUGUGAAAUAUGAGUGGACGAGUAAGAUCAAGAUCUAGAGGAAGGGGAGAUGGUCAAGAGUCUUCCAAUACGGUUGAACCUGUGGUUGCCCCAAAACUAGGUGGCAAAAAAUCUCAACAAAAGGAACCACCAACUGGGAAUGUGGAUAUUGAACCUGGACAAGAGAAAGAAGGAGGAACAUCUGUGGUUCAAGAUUGA